AUGUCAUUUUGGGACAAGUUAGGAUCUCAUAUCGAAGAACAGAUAGAUUAUGAUGGCAAUGAUGUAACAUCAACUACUUCAACUACAUCUACAUCGACUACUUCUACUACAUCUACAACUCAAAAACCAACAACACCAAAGAAAAAGAGAUUACCAUCGAUAGACUCAUUUGAUGAAUACGAUGAAUCAAUUGCUCGUCCUCAACAACAACAAAAAAAGAAAACAAAAACAAUCAUGGAACCUCCUACUACUAUUGUAGACACCAAUUUGAAACAAUAUAGGUAUACCUAUAAAUACAUACCUCGAUCAUCAAAAGAAACAAACAAAGAAGAUAAUAAUAGAGAUCAGUCUGGUGCAAUCAUUGCUACUACUGGUUCAUACGAAGAAGAUGAACAAGAACAACCAGAGAAAUUUGAAGAAAACGACAUAAACCGGGUCAUUGGCGAAUCAACUAUCAUUUUCAAUCAACAAUUCAAGUUACCAUCUAGAUGGCCUUACUAUGAUAAAAGAUAUGGUCAAUCUUAUCAUUCACAUAAAGUCUUGCCUGACAACUUUUCAGAUCAAUAUAUUGAUCUUUUAGAGGAAGAGAUUAGAUAUCUUUGGGCUUGUAAACAAUCAUCAAAUGGAGUGAACCAACAACAAAAGCAACAACAACAAGAAGAAGAAACAUUAACACCUCAAAUGUUGACAGUAUUAUCAAUGAUGUCAACCGAUAUGUUGACACAAUUAUUGGACUCUUUAUUCUACAAUAAUGAAGUGGCUGAAUCACUACCAGGAGGUAAAAGUAAUCAACCAAUUCAAAUUGAUGAUCUUAUUAAAGCUGCUAAAUCUUUAACUAAUAUAUCAGGAUUUAAAUCAUCUUUAGAAAAAGCAAUACCAAGAGUACAAUAUCUUGUACCAAUGACCAAUUUACCACCGACAUCAGAAAACAAAGAUGGUCAAGUCAAUACUUAUAGAGAAGAAUUAUUAAAAGAAAUAUUAGGAAAUGAUUGGACUAUAAAACAAAGAACUUUUAUAUCACCAGAAGGUAUAGUAUACAAGAAAUUAUUACAAGCAAUAACCUCUGCACAUCCAAAAAAAUCAAAAGCUAAAAUAGAGGAAAUGUAUAGCCAUUAUCAAAAAGAAAGAGCAAAGAAUAACAAAAAACAAAUAGCUGAAAGAGAAUCAUCUGGUAAAAAAAAGAAGAGACUUCAACAUAAAUAUGAAGAUGGAUCAACAAAGAUUAUAGAUUCUUUAUAUCAACAACAAAAUAAAAAUAAUAAAUAG